GCUUGGUUGUGGAGGUGGAUCCUUCCCACCCCGCCCUCGCCCUCCUAUUACCAUAACAACCAACUACAGCCAAUGUGUCAGUGAAAUCCCUCUUAAGCAACCAGAGCAGGAGCAGCAGCCACCGCCUGAGGCAACGAGGAAGAGUCCAGACUCCUCUCACAUACACAUGUUCGCUAUCUGAUCGUCAAGCUUGUUUGGGAAAGUUCACUUCUUGCCGACUAGUAAAAGGGGGACUCAUCCUGCCCUCUUCUUUCCUUCAGAGGGGGGUGUGUGUGUGUGAACAAAAACAAAAAUCUCAAAUAGAUUGAGAAAGAUUGUCUCCACGGUAAAAAGAAACUGAGAGUACAAGCAGAAGGCGAAGCUGCCUUCCAGCGGAACUGUGCGAGCUCUUCUUGCUUCUAUGUGGAGUUUGAGGUCCUAGUGGCUGCUGCAGUUGCUGAACUUGGCAGGGGUUUCUUUUUCCGCUCCGCAAAAAGGUUGAAUUAAAGUAAGGCAGCAAGGUUGGGGGCAGGGGAAGGAAUAACUCUGUAAAGAGCAAGGGACCAAAAAAGAAAAAGGGUAAAGCAAAAAGGCCGGGGGGAGAGGAAGCGGAGAAGACAAAAGGUCUGGAAAAAAAGAAGGAGGCAGAAAAGGAAAGGAAGAGGAAAUCGGCAAGCAAGCAGAGAGUCAAGUUUUGUAAGGGGAAGAAGCAGGCAAGCGAGAGCAAGCCCAAGCGCCGUAGCAACCAGGAAGUCUGUGCGCGAGGGAGAGGGGGCUACUAGAGCCGGCGCGCUCGGCAGCCAGCGAGUGGUAAGAGGAAGCGCCCGAAGAGAAAGCAAAAGCCGACCGGGGCAGCGUCUGCUGCAUCUCCCUCUCUCCUGCUCUCCGUCAGCACCCUCUUCCUCCUCCUCCUCCUCCGCUUCGUUAUUCUCCCGCCUGGCUCCUGCCUGCCUGUCUUCCCUGCUGCCGGCUACCAUGGCUCAGGAGAACGGCGAGGACAGCUCCUCCUGGAAGAAGCAAGCCGACGACAUCAGCAAGAUCUUCGAGUUCAAGGAGACCCUGGGAACUGGUGCAUUUUCGGAAGUAGUUUUGGCUGAAGACCGAGCUACUGGAAAACUAUUUGCAGUCAAGUGCAUCCCAAAGAAAGCCCUGAAAGGGAAGGAAAGCAGUAUUGAGAAUGAAAUUGCAGUUCUGAGAAAGAUCAAGCAUGAAAAUAUUGUUGCCCUGGAAGACAUCUAUGAGAGUCCAAACCACUUGUAUCUGGUCAUGCAAUUAGUGUCAGGAGGUGAGUUAUUUGACCGCAUUGUAGAGAAAGGAUUCUACACCGAGAAAGACGCCAGCACUCUGAUACGGCAGGUCUUGGACGCUGUGUACUAUCUCCACAGAAUGGGCAUUGUUCACAGAGAUCUGAAGCCUGAAAACCUGUUGUACUACAGCCAGGAUGAAGAAUCGAAAAUUAUGAUCAGUGAUUUCGGACUGUCAAAAAUGGAGGGGAAAGGUGAUGUCAUGUCCACAGCAUGUGGCACUCCAGGAUAUGUUGCUCCUGAAGUUCUUGCCCAGAAACCCUACAGCAAAGCAGUGGACUGUUGGUCCAUUGGAGUUAUUGCAUAUAUUCUGCUCUGUGGGUAUCCUCCCUUCUAUGAUGAAAAUGAUUCCAAGCUUUUUGAGCAGAUCCUUAAGGCAGAAUAUGAAUUUGACUCUCCAUAUUGGGAUGAUAUCUCUGAAUCUGCUAAAGAUUUUAUUCGGAAUUUGAUGGAGAAAGACCCCACUAAAAGAUAUACCUGUGAACAGGCAGCCCGGCAUCCAUGGAUUGCUGGUGACACAGCCCUCAAUAAAAAUAUCCAUGAGUCUGUCAGUGCUCAAAUUCGCAAGAACUUUGCAAAAAGCAAAUGGAGGCAAGCAUUUAAUGCCACAGCAGUUGUGAGACACAUGAGAAAGUUACAUCUUGGCAGCAGUUUGGACAGUUCAAAUGUAAGCGUGUCGAGCACCCUCAGUCGGGCCAACCCACUAACUGACGGAACAGCCAGGAAAGAUUGUAUGGCCACAUCCACUCUCUGUAGUUUUGCAUCAUCAGCUUCAUCUGGCGUUUCUGCAGUAGGAGAGAGAAGACCUAGGCAGACCACAGUAACAACAGUGCAUACGGGAUCCAAGUGAUCUACCCACCUCAGGAAGAGAUCCGAGGUGGGGGCAUGUGCCCAAGUGGGCAAGAAAGCAGGCAAGCAAACCUUCUCCUGGGUGAUUUCAUCCUGCAUUGUAAACUCAGCAAAGGACUGGAAGACAAGAACGAUUUUUUAAAAUGGCCAUAUUUUCUACUGCAAUUCUGAAAUGUUGCAUUUAUCACAAAUUGCAAUGACUCUGGGAGGGUGGGGAAGGAGGGGACUGGGGAACAGUAUCUGGUGCUGGGUCAAUGAAUCUAGGAAUGUUCUAACUAACUAAUGGACACUCACGUUAGUUUCUCAGUGAUUUACUCUGUUCUCAAUGUAGGUAACAGUACUUUCUUUUUUCAUUAACAAAGGUCUCAACUGGAUUAUUUAAACAGAGGUAAUUUCCUAGCACUUCUUCCUGCUCCAUAUUUCCAGCUCUUUUGGUUUUAUUCUGCGAUAGAGAGUAAAUCAAAAUUUGCAUUAACCUUUCAAGUCAAGAGGGUUUUAAAGUCAUUGUAUAUAUUUCUGUCUCCUUAGUUCCUAACAUUGAAUUACAAAUAUGUCCGGACCUUCAGUGAUGGAGAAAAAUUGCUUUCCUCCAUCGUUUCUUGGGGAAAUGGAAGUAGGAAUUAGGAUUGUUUCCCAUCACAUGAACAUUUACUUUUGCACUGGCCUGACUCUGAUUUACUGUGGUGAAUCUGCAGCCAAGGAUGGUAGUUGAGUAUGAGAAAUAAGACGGUGGUGCACUGUGGGCUGGGCUUAAGUAACUUGUUACUUCCUGCUGGACUUUGCCAAUCACAGAUGGGUUGCACCUCUGCUGUGCCUGUUGCAUCCUUAGUGCUAUCUAUCAUGCACCAAGCUAUAUCAGUAGACCCCUCACUGACUCAACUGGAUUAGGUGUUUGGGGGCUAACUAAUUAGCAAGGAAGUACAUAUAGCAAAAUAGCCUGGUGUAUUAUCUUCACAGGUCAGUAUUCAUGAAUGUAUAUAUUUGUUUCCCUACACCUGUGUACAUCCAUGUGUGAAGCAGUCCUUAAUGAGGUCAAUAAGGUCAAUUUAAUGGCAUCAAUAAGAUCCAUUAAGCAGUCCUUAAUGAGGUCAUAAAGUGGUCCAUAAAUUUAUGAGGUCCAUAAAGUGAACCGGAAUACUCUUACCUGUAUUACGUUCCCACUUGUGCUACUGACUUUGAGCCAGUUCACAUGGCUCAAAGUCUCACCCAUUACUCACACGGCCAGUUCACGUGUUGUGAACUCCACCAGCUCCAUAAGUGUUGGUGAAUGAUCUUGUGAUCUCUUUGGUUGGUGAAUGAUCUUGUGGAUGCCCUGAUGCUUCUGCGCCAUGUGUUUUGAGAUUUUGGCACAGUGUCUCCUGAAAAAAUCUUUUUCUAGAAAAUGGUGAGCUGCAAUUCAUGAUGCACGCUGGAGUCCAUGCAAGACUAGUCACUAGGAGGAUGGCAGAAUGGUUAUGCAAAUUAGCCCUCAUUGCUGUAGCUUGUCACAAAUCAGGAUGGUAAGAAGCCUUUCAAAAUACUUUGAACAAUUAAGUAUUGUUCUUUCAGUUGGACACCAUGGGUGGCUGGUAGCACUGGGCAUCAAUACUUUUAAAUGUGUUGGUUUUCAUCUGUAUUCUUUUGAAAAGGCUUUGUAUGCUGUAGGCAGGUUAUACUUUGAGAGCUUCUUGAAACAUUCCAGAGAAGUGACAAAAGUGGACAUACCAACUUUUCAACAACAACAGUUCUCAAAGUGGUAUACAUUCUUACAAAAGCUACAAUAGUCCCCUGUCCCAAAGGGACUUACAGUCUAAGAAAACAAGCCACCAAGCAAACACACACACCCCAGCAAGAGCCACUGAGACAGAUACUGUGCUGGACUGAAUAGGAAGUUGUCCCCCCCCCCUUGAAAAAAGGGUGUUUUAGCAUGAGGGACAUGCACUUCUUCCCCAGAUUUUAGGAUUUUGUCCAAAGGUUCAGUAAUAUACCUGUUCUCCUCAGGGAGAUAUAUAUAUUUCUGCCCUUCCACUGAGAACUUUGUUGAAAAGCAGCAGAUAAAUAUUGGUAGUAGUAGCAGUAGUAGUAGUGGAGAGAACAUGUAGCUCUUUCCUUUGGCUCAUAGCUGGAAACGCUGCUGCUUCCUCUCUUCAUCUCUCUGGAAUGUUCAAAGCAGCUUUUCAAAAAACAGUGCACCAAAAUAUCAGAAACAGCCUUUCAAAGUUCUCCCUCUUAAAUGUCUUUAAUUAUACCUUUUGAUUUUAAAAGCGCAUACUAAACGUCUUGAAAGGAAGGGCUGUAUAUGUAAAUGUGAUUAUUAUUAAUGCACACUGCACCAAGGGCUGUAGUAUAUGACUAUGAAAAUGAGGCAUGGGCUGAGCUGUGAGAGGAGAACUGAGAUCACAUGUGAUGUGAUAUUGGCGUUCUACACUCAUUCACCCCAGCUGCUCAUUAUCAGAAAACUCUGUUUCUUGCUUUAAAACUUCAGCAAACCAGUUUCCCAGGACCAUUUUACAGAGGCGGGCGUCUUAUUUGCUAGAGAUUAACAAGGCCACAUUUUCUGCUUGUGAUGGAUCUAUGUCCACGAUUUAAGACUUUAGAAAUCUCUAGCUAGCCUACCUUCAUGGUGGAUUGGUAGGGGGUUAAAAUUGGAUCUGGUUAGGGUUAAAAUACAGCUCUCAUUCAUUCUUGUUAAUACAAGAAAGUCUAAUAAAUGUAUCCCAUCUUGUCAUAAUGUACAGAGUCAUGCUUCUUUAACUACAUCCCUAUUAACCUUUGUCUAGUGGGAAAACACAUGCUUUGCAUGCAUAGGUGUCAGGUUCAGUGCUUGGACUCUCUAGUUACUCUCAGGUAGGUAGCAAGACUAAGUCAGAUCUGUCUGACUAGAGCUGCUGCUAGUCAGUGCAGAGACAGUUUCUGGGCUAGAUUGACCUUUUUAUGUCACAUAAUGAUCUGGUUAUGACUAUAGAAGUAGUCCUAAAAGUAGUAGUCAUAAGAGAGUUGCCUUGCUGGGUCAGACCAGAAGUCCAGCUAGUCCAGCAUUCUGUUUUCACCAUUAGCCACAGACAGAACAACCUUCACCUGUUCUUCAUCUCCAGCUUCUGGUUCCUGGAAAGAUAUUAUGUCUGAAUUUGGGAAGUCAUAAAAUAUUUCUGCAUUCGGGCUAUGUGAACUGGUUUGAGUGGUCAGGGCUCGAAACAGACCGCCCCUCCCCCCCCCAAAGGGGUGCCAAUAUGAGUUGAAACCAGAGCGGCCCCAGUUCAAGGAGUCUCUCCACCACUGCCCCUUGCGUGCACACUGGCGGCAGCCUUGCCAAUUAACUAGGCUGCCGCUGUGGCUGGUACUGAUGAAUGGUACACACCUGGUUCUUCCGCCUUUCAGUUGCCUCCCCCUCCUCCCCCCCCUUUUUUUUGCUGCUGCACAAAGGCCCACCGUAAUAUCAGUUAAAGAACAGAACAAGGUCUCCACUCCACUGAGUCCCCCACCCCACCAUGAGGUGCAACUCUCCCCCAGCCCCCGCUUGGUUAUGCCAGUAGACCCUUUCCCCACCACCACCACUCCAAGGCACGGACCCAGCCCAGGGAGCCAGCCAUGGUUCCACUACUAAUAUUUACACAUCACUUUUCAGCAAAUGUGUCCAAAGCAAUUUGCAUGGGCAAAUAAUACAUAAGAAGAUGGUUCCCUGCCCCAAGGGGUUCACAGUCUGAAAAGGACCAUGAGGACACAACAGGAGCCCCUGGAAAGAUGCUCUGCUGGGGCUGGAUUGGGGCAGUUGUUCUCCCCCUGCCAGACUUUUGAAUCACCACUUAAAAAGGUGCCCCUUUGCUCAGUUUACAGGUUACAGUUGCAGAUGCACAUGCAGACGUGCUGGGGCAUUGCCAUUCCACAACACUGGAGGAGCCAGGGCAAUGCCCCUUCUCCUCCCAAGUGCCUGAUGCCACAAGGGUGCCUGUCCCUUUCGACAGACAGGUGGCACAUGGUGGCAGGCAUGUGGGUGGGCAUGGCCUGCAUGUGUGACAUGAUGGAUUGCUGGGCAGCCCACUGCUGAGACUGCCCUGGAUAGGGAUGUAUCUGGCUGGCUCUGGAGGGCAGCACAUCCCUUCCCCGAUGUCUGCUCCUGGCAUGGGACACAGGUGUUUUGGCUAGUGGCAGCCACAUGGCUGGCUAACCCAGGGUUUCAAAGUGUAGUUAACAGCUUUUGGCUAGUUUGGGUUUGGGCACCUUGCCCCCACCCACAUGACCAGCUAACCUGGGUUCACUUCAUGGCCUGCACAAAAGUUCAUCUGACUUUUUCAGUGUGGUUACUUCACUCUCAAGAUAUAUCAUUUUGUGAAUUCUGUAGCAGGUAACAGCAUCUGCAUUUAGCAUCUUGCGAGAUUUGGUCUCCAAAUCACCUACAGCCAACAUUUGUGGACCUGGUAUAUAGAUUUCCAUGUGGGCAGUGAUGGCAGUUGAAAGUGUAAGAUCUAACUUGGGAGAAACUGCACAGAUAGUCUCUCAUGGGGUUUGUGAUGUUUUUCUUUUCCAUGAAAGGAGGUGGGUGAAACACACAGGUGAAUCAUGCGUGCUAAUGGGGGGAUGGGAACAACAGGGAUACUAAACGCCCAAUAAGUGCAUGGAACGGCACUGCAUGUUUUGAAUCGUAUGCUCUUUCUACAGUUACUUUUCCAAGCUCUGCCUUCAUCCUGAAACACACUUCAAGGACUUGGGGGCUUUUUUCUGUGUCCUAAAUUUGAUUUUGUAAAGACAUAACUCAUGAUAACUAUAGCUAAAUGCAAAAGCGGGUGUUUUGUGAACAAAGCAUGGCAAUGGCUAAGAGUGUAAUUCCCUCCUGUUUCUGGACACACUGUGGUUUCUAAGAGAAUUAUCAGCUAUCUAGAUCGGCUUCUAUCUAUGCAUUGGUCCAUUGUGCCUGCUGAAGGGAAAGUAAUCUAAUCAAAUACAGUUUUAAAAUAAGAAGCCAUCGCAGACUUCAUCUGCAGCUUGCAUUCGUUGUGGCCAGGCUUACAUGGCUACUAGGUGAGCUUGAUGUUUUGGCUAAUAGCCCAAUCUAUCUAUUGAAGCAUCAGCAUGUAAGUGCUAAAUAUGGGAAAGGAAAACAGGUACAAUGUCGCAAAACUUCCAGUUGCUCUCUCAUCAUGGGGUACUCUUCUCCCAAGUGGUUAGCAUCAAGACGUGACUUCCUUAAUCAACCGAUUAGUAAGGGCAAACAAGCGGGCUAAAAGCUGGUCUGCCAUUACCACCCUUUCCUCUGCAGGACACAGCCUCAGAAAAGUCCUGGGGGCUUUUAGGGUCCAGGCUCCGUUUGUGCAGGGUGACAGCUAGACUCAGCAAACCUGGCCACACACAAACAGCAUUGUGCUCCCUAGUACAUACCCCAGAAUCCUCUGCAUGGUGCAGAUCUCUCACAACCAAGUCAUAGGAGUCUCUUGGCAGACAAAUAAAUGUGCAAAGAGCACCCUAAGGGUAAGCAUUUGAAAGCCACUGUUUCAAAGAAAGUACUCAAGACUGGAAUGUAGACUCAAGCACUGUACAUUUUUAAUCCUUUUCCCAGGAAGCUAGCAGAAUAGCAGAAUGUUCUGUAUCUUUGGAACCAAGCUGGUGUAAGAAUUUACAUUCAUGAAAUAGUUACGCACAAAGGACUGGAGUGUUUUGCAAAGUAGCAAAGAUCAAGAUAUGUUUUUAAUGAACUAAUUUCUGUUGCACUCCAUGAGGUCCCUCUCACAUUUGUCAACAAAAGGCUCUCCGUUUUAUUUCUCAGUUACAAGAAAACGGAUCACUUUUUCUCCGUUUCUUCCUAUCUCUUUCAUCAUUUCUCUCCUGUUGUUGUUUUUCCUGAAAUAGGAAAAAGGCUGGAAGUGAAUUAGGACUUUGUGGCAAUCCAUCUGAACCUAUUCAUGACUGAGCAUAUAAUUCACAUUAACUCCUCAGAUCCAAGGUACAUAACUGAAUAUGUCUAAAAAGAGCUGUAUUGCUACUUAGGCCUGGUUCACUCACUCCCUGGAGCAACACAGUUCCAACUACCACUACGGUUGCAACUGGGAACAUCUCCCCCUCACAUAGUAAGAGUGGAUUUCAUACCACAGUGGCAACAUGUGUCCUGAUGGGGAAAGUCUGACAUAUAAGCUCACAAUGCAUAUAAGCUCGCAAUGCAGCAGAACCCCUUUGAUGGAAAAUAUACAUAUACAAAAGUAGCAACAUGGAUAAAACUCAGAAGUGACAAGAAACCUACCAUUUUAGAUAAUGUAAAAACUGGGUAUUAGUUUCACAGCAAUCUAAAUUAUCUGUCUAUAUCAGAAGAACUUUCCUACUUCUAUUCUAAACUAAGCUACCUAAAUUUCUGAAUUAUUUUAUUUAUAUUUAUACACACACACACACACACACUCAACUUUUAAAAGUAAAAGCCAAAGGAAGACAAGGCUAUGGGUCUUUUCCGCAGUUCCAUAAACAUUGCCUUACAUGUUUCAGACUCUCACUGGAAAGCCAAGGGCAUGGUCACCGAUCCUAUUCUGGGCACAUUUACAUAACAAAUUCUAACCAGUCUGUAACUUCCCACCAAAAAUCCAAAAUUGCAAUCUUGUGAGAAUGCUGAAAAUCCUAUGCUAGUCUUAUUUCUUUCAAAGCCAUAUAAUACCAAGCAUAUGACAAAACUGGUCAACAGAAUGAAAGUGAUUUAAAUUUGCAGUGUAGACAAGUUUAAGGGCUGAUUCAUGAUACACAAUUGGAUGCUUUGAUUUUCCAUCUUGGAUUGAAGUUGUGUGUGAGCAGUCUUUCAAUUUAUUUUUACAGAUAUUUCUGCCUCUCCAAACACUGACAUCACAUGUCCAGAACACAUGCUAAGUAUUAUAUGCUUGUUGCAUUGAUUUUUUAAAAAAAGAUUCAAAUAGUUGUGCAUUAUUCCCCUUUCCAAACCCAUGUAGAUUUAUGGCUUCAUUAUGCAUUUUUCACAUUCAAAAGAACAAACCAAACAGCAACCAAUCUGCUGUGCAAUUGGCUUAACUGCCUAACAGUUUACACACUGAGUCACUACUUGAUCUGACUAUCAGCUGAUCUAAUUAUACUGUUUUAAAGCCUGUUGCUUGUUUGGAACAGUUAUCCACAGCAGCACAGGGAAUUUUUGCUUUAAGAGUAGAACAUCAUUAAUAAUUACAGCAUCCCUAGAUGGCAUCACAAGCAGGCUGUUAGAGUGGUUUCUCAAAAAACAUACGAAGUCAUAACCGCAAAAUUGUUUAAUGUGGACAGAAUCCUGUUAGUUAUGCAAAUGUGUAUAUCACAUUCAGCAAAUGCUUUCAAAGCAGUGUGUAAUAAAUAAAAAUAUAUAAAUUAUACCAUGUCUGAAUUUCAGAACUUCCCCUGGCAGCUCUUGCAAUACAUACCCUUAAGUUAUUUAACUUAUAGGACUCAUUUUCUGAGGAACAUUAACAUCAUCAUCAUCAUCAUCAUCAAUCACAGGCACAAUCCAGACAAAGUUAAGCACUUUCAAGUCCCAUUGAUUUCAAUAGGAGAGAUUUGAGAACUGGAUCACGCCUAACAUGCUUUUCCCCCCCUUUUCCCCCUUCUACAAGUAUGCAAGCAUCCAACAUUCUGUGUUGGAUUAUGAACAUUUGCCCAAAUCCCGCAAAUAUUGCUCAUGUGGAUGAAGAUGUGUGUCUGCAUGCAAAUCCCUUUCACAACGCUUCCUUAAGCCCUGUUAAACUGGUUGGAUGCUCCUCUGAUGCACACGGAGAGGUUAAUCUCUGUCCAGAGCUACCCAUUGUUGCACAUGACUAGUUGCCUGUGACUGGAGCUGGACUGGGCCUGUUGUUUGUAACUGGGAAUCCGCGUUUCACUUGCAGGAUUUACUCAUACUGUAGAUGUAUAAAUUUGGGGUUUUUUAAAGCUCCAUUUAAUCAGAAAAAAAACCUGGAAUGAUUCCUAUAAGAGCACUUACUGCAAACAUCUCUUUAUUACUUUACGUUUUAAAAAAACAGAAAGAUGCAAGCAUGAUUUAUAUAUUUAAAAAAUAAUAAUAAAAGCUUACAAAUUUAAUCCAGGAGUGUAAGUGUGCCUACUAUAGUAAGUCUUGUUCAACUUCAUAACACCAUCCUUGUUCCAAGAGAAGGAAUACUGUGUAUUUACUCAAUGCAUGUGACACUGCAAAAUGUUUAACCUGCGUAAGGAGUUUGCAAUGCUGCAAAUUGUUAAUGGGGCUAUGUUGCAAAUUAUUCUCUGCCUUGACAAUCAUGUAUACAUAUCAAGAUUUCUAUCAUAAUGAUAAUUUAAGGGAAAGCAAGAAUGGUUUUCCACAAAUAAAUCCAAUUAAACCUUAA